AUGUUGCCUCCGAGCUCCUUCCUGCUUGUUGCCUCGUUGCUGGCAGCUGUGCCAGCCAACGCCGAUGGCAUCUACACCAGAAAGUCACCGGUGCUCCAGCUAAACGCAAAGACUUACGGAUCGCUUAUUGCGAACUCAAAUCACACUUCGAUCGUCGAAUUCUAUGCUCCCUGGUGCGGUCACUGCCAGAAUCUCAAACCCGCCUACGAGAAGGCCGCACAAAAUCUAAAUGGCCUGGCCAAGGUUGCCGCGAUCAACUGUGAUGAAGACGAGAACAAGCCAUUCUGCGGACAAAUGGGUGUCCAAGGCUUCCCGACCCUCAAGAUCGUGACCCCCUCGAAGAAACCCGGAAAGCCACGCGUGGAGGACUAUCAGGGCGCGCGCACCGCGAAGGGCAUUGUCGAUGCGGUGGUCGAUCGCAUCCCCAACCACGUGAAGCGCGCCACGGACAAGGACUUGGACAACUGGCUGGGACAAAAUGAGGAGCGCCCCAAGGCCAUCCUCUUCACAGAGAAGGGCACAACCAGUUCGCUUAUCCGCGCGCUGGCGAUUGACUUCCUCGGCGCGAUCGAUGUCGCGCAGGUCCGCAACAAGGAGACCAGCUCUGUGGAGAAGUUCGGCGUGGAGGAGUUCCCAACAUUGGUCGUGGUUCCUGGCGGCGACGCAGAGCCUACGGUGUACGGUGGUGAGCUGAAGAAGCAACCCAUCCUAGAGUUCUUGAGUCAAUUCGCCGAGGCCAACCCAGACGCUACUGGAAAAGCCGCCCCGGCCAACUCUAAGCCGAAGUCUAAGCCUAAGUCCAAGACCAAGCCGACAUCCGUCACCGAGGAGGCAGAGGAGCCCAUCGCUACUCCCGAAUCUAAGCCUGUCGAGGCACCUGUCGCACCCCCGGCACCUACCCUCGCUACCCCCGAAUCUCUCGAGUCUGCCUGUCUAGAGCCCAAGUCCAAUACCUGUGUGCUCGCCCUCCUCCCCGGGACUGGCGCAGACGAAGCACUUCCCUCCACUGCCACCGACGCGCUGUCCAGUCUCGCCGAGAUCGCGCACAAGCACUCCCUUCGCGGUGUGAACAUGUUCCCCGUGUACGCCGUCCCCGAAACAAACACCGCGUCCAAGACCUUGCGCACCGCAUUGGGUCUCGAGGCUAGCCAGGAUGUCGAAAUCAUCGCUGUCAAUGCUCGUCGCGGCUGGUGGCGUCGUUAUAGCGCUGAAGGGGAGUUCGGCAUCACUGCCGUCGAGUCUUGGAUUGAUGCUAUCCGACUUGGCGAGGGUGCCAAGGAGAAGCUGCCCGAGGGUAUUGUCGGUGGAACCGAGCCCGAGGCCGAGGCUGAGAAACCCGAAGAAGUCGAACAUGAUGAGCUGUAA